AUGAAGGAAAGCAGAAAACGCAGAAGAUCGAGGCGCGAUAGCUCGUCUUCAUCAUCGUCCUCCAGCAGGGAUACUAGUAGCAGCUCCAGCGACAGCAGUUCCCGCUCCAGCUCCUCCAGCCGUAGUAGCAGCACCGAGCGUAAACGCAGAAAAAAGCAGCUCAAGAAAAAACUGGCCAAACAGCAGAAAAAAGAAGCGAAAGCCAAAAAGAAGGCCCUUCGCAAGGAAAAAAAAGCCAAACGGAAGCAGGAGAAGUUAGCAAGCAAACUAGCGAAACGGCAGCUGAAGGAACAGCGGAAGAAGGAAAAACACUCCAAGAAAGAUGAACCCGUCGCUCCAGAACAGGCAACGGUGGCCAGUGGUGCUGGUCUGCUGGACUGCGGCAUACCGCUAGAUUUGAUGAAUCGCAAAGCAAUGGCUCCGGAAACACGGGAAGAGUAUGAGGCACGCCAAUCGAUUCUGCGACGAGUGGUCGAUCCAGAAACCGGGCGUACGAGGCUAAUUAAGGGCGACGGUGAAAUCAUCGAAGAAUGCGUAACCCGCGACCGGCACAAGGAGAUUAACCGCCAGGCGACGGCUGGCGAUGGGGCAGAGUUUCAGCGCAAAACACUUGGUCGAAAUGUGCGAUAA